GGUUGAAUGGAUAUAUCAGCUUCACAAUACAGUAAUGCUAGUGAAUCAGGUUGGACCCAUUACUUGGACCAAUCCUCUCUUUCUGAAAAUUACUUCCAGAGGAAGGGUGGGAUUGUAGACUAUGAAGGAAAGGAAGCAAGAAUGGAGGAGCCUGAGGAAGAUUUAUCAAUGGUCUCUGAUGCUUCUUCUGGACCUCCACAUUAUGAUAAUGAAUACUAUUGUGAGAAUUGGUAUCCUUGCCUACCUUCUACACCCCAGUACACCAAAGAAUCCCAAAAGAAGGAAAAGGUUAAAGAAUAUGGCAGAUGUAAACAGGCUUCACCUCUUGAUGACACUGCUAGUUCUCCUCUUUUCAGCUGUCCCAAGGAGAAGAGCUUCUCAGGGAAUGGAGCAGUGGAGAAUGCAUUGGAUUUUUCUCAGUGUGUAUCUGCAACAAGAAUAAAGAGAAAAACCAAAUUCCAGAAGCACUUCAGUUUCUUUGAGCGCUCUCUUGGUGGAAAACUAGCUUCAGAGGAACCAGGUGAUCCAAUUGUGGUUUCGAUGAAGAAAAAAGGAAAUGAACGAUUUUGCGGUGGUUAUGGUAACUGA